GAGGGGCUGCCCCAGAGCCGGGCAGAAUGAGCCCAGAGGACGAAGGUGCUCGGGUAGGGCCCUCGGGAAGGGUGCGGAUCCGCGUGGAGGAGCAGUGCUUCUCGGUGGAGAAGGCGUUGCUGGUGGAGAGCAGCGAGUACUUCCGUGCCCUGUUCCGCUCGGGGAUGAGGGAGAGCACGCAGGAGGAGAUCGGGCUGGGCGGGCUGAGCGCCGCCGGCUUCCUGGCCAUGCUGCGCGUGCUGGCGGGCGAGCGGCCCGCGCUGGGCGGCGAGGAGACCUUCCAGGCGGUGGAGUGCGCGGCCUUCCUGCAGGCAAAGCCCUUGGCCAAGUACCUCAUCCACUCCAUCGACUCCGACAACUGCCUCCUGCUGUACCACGCCGCCGCCGUGUUCGGCCUCCUGGACCUCUUCCAUUGCGCCGCACUCUACAUCCGGGACAGCUACGCCGAGCUGGAGGAGCACCUGGGCUGCCUGCCCGCCGACCUGCUGGCCUAUGUGCAGGCCCUGCUGCCCAGCACCUUCGUGGCGGUGGGAGCUCACACGCCCACCUUCGAGUUCCUGGAGGACCUCUCCAGGACCAUCUGCUACCUGGACGAGGAGACCAACGCGUGGAGGACGCUCUCCUGCCUGCCGCUGAGCGCCAGCACGUUCCUAGCCGGCAUGGCGACCAUGGACAAUAAGAUUUACAUCGUGGGCGGUGUCUACGGGGCCAGCAAGCAGGUAGUGGAGAGCAGCUUCUGCUACGACGCCGACACCGACACCUGGAGCGAGUUCCCCAGCCCGCACCAGCUGCGUUACGACGUCCGCUUGGUGGGCCACGAGGGCUGCCUCUACGCUAUCGGCGGGGAGUACGAGAAGAUCUCGCUCAAGUCUGUGGAGAGGUACGAUUUGGCCUCCAACACUUGGACGUUCGUCUCCGAUCUGCCGCAGCCGAGCUCGGCCGCGCCCUGCGCCCAGGCCAUGGGGCAGAUCUUUGUCUGCUUGUGGAAGCCAUUGGACACCACCGUCAUCUACGAGUACGAGAGCCGGCGGGACGCGUGGCUUCCCGUCACCGAGCUCAAGCGGCACCAGAGCUACGGGCACUGCAUGGUGGCCCACCGCGACAACCUCUAUGUCAUGCGCAACGGCCCUGGAGAUGACUUCUUGCGUUGCGUCAUCGACUGCUUCAACCUGAGGUCGCGGCAGUGGACGGCUCUGCCCGGGCAGUUCAUGAACAGCAAAGGAGCUCUCUUCACCGCCACCAUCAAGGGUGACACGGUGUACACUGUCAACAAGAUGCUGACGCAGCUCUACUCGGUGGAGGAGGAGGCCUGGAGGGUCAAGAAGGAGCGGGCGGGCUUCCCGCGCAGCGGCUCCCUGCAGACCUUCCUCCUGCGGCUGCCCCGGCGCAACCAUGACAUUGCCACGUAGGUGUCCCCAUCCCACCUUGGGGUGCUCUCCUUGCACAUGGCCUCGGCUCCGUGCACGGCUCCCCUGGGCUCCUCUCUUCUCCUCCUCCUGCCAAGGAUACCCUACACUGGACCCAGAGGUGACAUGACACCCUGCCAUCGGGGAAGGGGCGGCAGGAGCUGCUGUCACAGCAGCCUCGUGCAAAGUGCCACUGCGGGCGAGCCCGCGGCACACAGGGCUUUGUGGCUUCCAGAGAACAGGCUCUGGAGAGAUGCAGAUGUAUUUAUUUGGACUGCACUCUGACGGUGUGCAGCAUCCCACCUGCUCUUUGCCCUAAUGGUUCCCUACAUCCUGGAAUUAAAAGGAAAGCUAUAGAAAGCCCUGUGUUUUUCAUUACUCUUCUCUUGUGUUCUUUUCUCCUCCCGAAGGAAAAUACCUCCUAACCGAGGACACACAUCAGGACCCAUUCCUGCCCUCUGAGUGUUCUCAGCUGCAGCAGCACUCAGAGCCGCUCACGCAGUUCCCAGGCAGCCCCAAGCUCCCCAGGGAGGCAUGGCCUGUGCAGGGGAGGAGGGGACAAAGGGACACGGGGAUGGGGGGGGGGUGAAAGGCAGAGACCUCGAGGAGUUUCCCUCCAAAAUCCCACACAGGAGAAAGCUGUGGUCCAGAGUGAGCAGGUGCCUCUCUGGGAACCAUCCAUCCAGCCGCCGUCUCCUCC